UUGUGUUUGUGUGUGUGUGUGUGUGUGUUUCUGUGUGUGCAUCAGUGUGGGUGGGUGAUUGCGCGUUGGGUGUGUCUUCUGUGGCUAUGUCUCUGUGUCUCUGACUGAAUGAUUGAGUGAGUAAGCGUGCGUGCAUGUGUGUGUGUGUGUGUGUAUGUAUGUGUGUGUUUGUGCUUGUGUGUUCACGGAGCAUGGUGCCCUGCAACUUAGGGUCAGUUGUCAGAGUUGUGCUGGGUCAUGUUGACAGUCGGCUAGUGUUCCGGGCUGUUCUGCUGGAUUAAAGCAGAACCAUGGUGGAUUUCUACUCCCAAAUCAAUCAGAAGGGCCAGGGGCAGACCAUACGGACCCACGCCAGGGUUCCGGUCGAGGAGGAUGGCAAUCCGGUGUACGUGAACUUGCCCGCAUUCCGCCGGAAGCCCACCGAGCCGCCGUUCGACUCCUCCGAGCCGUCCGGCACUUCGCCUCCCCUCCAGCCGUCCUCCCCCCCCUCCUCCUCCUCCCUGUCCCCGUCCCCCGACCUCGACUACGACCUCGUGCGCAACGCCCCUCCUGCUGAGCCCCACUCCGAGGGAUGGGAGGUGCACGUUGACGAGGAGAGCGGUCAGGAGUACUUCUACCACGCGGCCUCGGGUCAGACCACCUGGGACCGCCCCCCCGCCAUGGACCUCCAGGACCCCCUGGCCUCCCCGCGCUCGCCCCGCUCCCCGUCCCCGUCCCCCUCCACGCCCCCCGUGGGGCCGGCACCCGUCCCCCCGCUGGCGGCCAGCCCCCCCGGGUGGCGCGCGUCCGACUGGGAGCGCCUGGUGGACGAGGCCAGCGGGAGGCCCUAUUACUACAACCACGCGUCCGAAGAGACGUCCUGGGACCCGCCCGACGGGAUGCACACACACGCCUCGCCCAAAACACAGCAUUCCCCGGAUGACAGACCGCCCCCUCUCCCUGAGGAGGACUACCCUGCGGAGGAUGAGUAUACGGUGUGUGUGGACGAGGACGACCCAUCGGGGGGCACACACAGUCACACACACCCCCCAGGCCUCGCCCUGCCCCUCCCCGCAGCCUCUGAGUACACACUGGCCCACGUGGGCAUGGGGAGGGCCGUCAUCCCGCGCGCCUGCCUGGACCGGAGCACCCCCGCUGGGUGGACGCUCCACGUCGACUCCGACGGGACCUGGGUCUUCACCAGCGACCACAGCCAUGAGCAGAAAUAUUUGGGCCCCAAAUCUGCACAACGUUACCAGUAG